GUAUUAUUACCCCUCUGCAAUUAUAGCUAGAAGACAAAACACCAGGAGCCAGCAAAAGGCUACAUUCUGUUUUUUCUCUAAAACUUUGUUUACUCACAGACCCACCAUGAGCAUUGUUUCUCUGUUUUUAGGACUCAUCUGUGGAUUGCUGUUGAUGUUUUGUUCUCACUGCCCAGGGGCAGGGAAAUGCCAGCUUAUCUGGGGAACAGAUGAACAGUUAAGCAAGGCCAUCCUGGAAAUGCUACAUAUCAAUAAGUUAUCCAUACCUCUCAGGACCAAGCCUCACCACUACAUGAAGUUAGUCUAUCAUCUACGAAACCCACCAGCCUUAAACAGCGAAGGGACUCUUGUGCAGAGUUUCAGGAGCAUCCAAGAUCCAGAUUUUGGCAUUCCAGGAUGGCUAUGGUUUAAUAUUUCUUACCUGAAACCUUCCAUGAGGCUUGCAGAAUUAGUUCUUCUCAGGAAGACUCUACACCCAGAAUCGCUGACAGUAAAUGUUACUGUGCACAGCAUCUCCGUGGUCCAGGGAAAUAUCACAGAAAGUGAAGCCUUAGAUGAGAAAGUGCUGAUGUUAGAUGAGCUACCACCAUCUGGUUAUGAUGUCUUUAACAUUUCAGCCAUUUUGAAUGAGACCACCUCAGAUGUCAUAGGCUUUCAGCUACGAUUCACGGACGACAGUGGCAGCUUGGUUCUCCAUGAAGCUCUGACUAAGAGCCUGUACUGUUUGAACAGAUGCACCCGGAGUGAGCCCUUACUGGUGGCUUAUCGCUUCCUGGUGACUGAGCUAUAUGGUGGAAGUAAACAGCAGGUCACUAGAGAAUGCCAACACUGCGCUACAGAGAGAAGGAGAAACUUGCCAGAAGAUUCCAGGCUACAACAGUGCAGCCUUCACCAACACUAUGUGAACUUUCAGACAAUGCAACUGAGUCACUGGAUUCUGGAGCCUCCUGGCUUCUUCACAAGUUUUUGCAAAGGAGAAUGCUCCGACGAAGAAUCUGGAGAGCUCUCUGAAGCACAGCGGGGUGUAAUAAAUAAAACAGAAAACAGGAUGAGUUCCCGCUGUGUGCCCCAGAAGCGAUCCUCCAUUAAUGUGAUGUACUUAUCUCAUUCAGAAGAUCUUGUGAUUGAAAGGCUGAAGGAUCUGCGAGUAGAAAGUUGUGCAUGUAAUCAGCUGUUUUGAUAAAGUCUAGGUCUCUAGUCAUCCCUAAAGAUUUGAAGUCUUUGUCACUACAGAACGGGAACUUUAUAGAUUAUACGGCUACAUUUUUGCACCCUGAAUCUUUGAGAUGCCCUGUUCCACUGUAAAGAGCCAGUUAGAUGUGUAGAUAUCACAGUCUGUACAGCAGAUGAUAACCAACAAACCAAAUAUAUCAAAGAAUGGCUUGAGACUGCAUAUAAGUUACAGCUAAGUGGUUUAACCAAGGACAUCUUCAAACUCACAAUACAACAUUGUCACUACGUCAUAUUCAGAUUACCUUUUGCCUGGAUUACUGUGGUAUGCAAUUGAGAAUAAAUAUGUUCCUGGUUACCUUCAUCAGUAUUUUUUCCAGGUGGAAGAAAAGGAGAAUGUUCAAGGUUUUUCCACAUUAAAUUUGAAAACCUCAUUAUGUAUGGGGAAGCAACCACUAUCCCAUGAAUAAUUGAAAGAUGCCAGGGUACAGCAUGUUUUAAUAUAAAGUGUCAUUGUUAAAGUACAUCCUUACCACAGGGCCCCCUUUGCAGUGUUGUGCCUUACAGCAGCCACUUAGCUUCAGUUUCCCAGCGGAGCUGCUGCUGCACCCAGCCAACAACACCUUCUGUGGCAGAAAGGCUGAGCCCUGAAGCAAGAUCACUUACAGUUCUACCCUUUCUGGCAAACAAGCAUGAGCAACACAAACUUCUAAAUUCUUCCUGUUUCUCCAGGGGAAUCUGCUAAACACUAUUCUCCCCUGUCCCUAGCCCACCUUCUCUCCCACAGCAAAAGCAGCAGCCACCUCCCUUCCCUCCUA